AUGGGUAACCGAGCAGCUCGUCGACCACCGUAUCCAGGCUAUUAUGCUUAUGAUGCUCCCUUCUAUCCUGGUCCAGCUUAUGCUCAUAAAUUAAUUAUGAAUAAGAUUGAUAAUCCUUAUCUUACUAUGCUUGAACGACUCCAUGUUCUCGAUCAAUCUAUUUAUAUUCUAAAUUUAGUUAACAAUGAUCUUCGACAAAUUCUUCAAAAACAGAAACGUUUACCACAAUUUAUUUAUGAUUCAUUUAAACGAUCAACAAUAAAUAAAUCAAACACUUCUCCACUUCCUUCUUCUCAACCACCAAUUGAAAGUGAAGAAAUACGCCUAGCUGCUAGUAUUAUUGACAAAGCAAAACGUACUAUUGAAAAUAUUGGUGAAAAGAAGCCAAAACAAUCAUCAAGUGGAAUAACAAUAGCUUCGACAUCAACCCAAUCAAAUACUGUUCAAAAUAAUCGUGCAAAGACACCUUCAUCAGUACGUCCAUCUUCAACAAGUUCAACUAUUGCACCACCACCAGACUCGUUCUUGUCUCAGCAGCAGCAGCAACAACAACAACAACCAAUUCGUCGUUUUGUACCUGCUCAUAUGAAAGCACCAUUUUUAACUCAACCAGAGAAAAAGCGACGACCUAGUUCAUCAAUUCGUACUAGUACUCAAACUAAUUCAAGUAAAAAAACAAGCACAACACCUCGUUCUAUCAGUCAACAACGACGACAAUCAUCAUCUUCUACUACACAAUCGAUAAUUGAACUUUCACAACACAUAAUACCAAUAUCAUCAAUUCUUCCAGUGGAAAAUGAAAAAAAUUCCAUAAUCGAUAAUCAAAGCAAUAAUGAUAUGAAUGAUGAAACUAUAGUUCCAGAACAAACAUCUGUUACGAUAACUACAGAGAAACCUAAAAAUAUACCGAAUGAAACAAGUGAGAUAGACACAUUGUCUAUUCCACAACCAAUUAUACUUAAUCGAACACUCAUUAAACCAUUACGUCGUUUAUGGAAACAAAAUAAAAAUCUUCGAUUACGAUUAGAGACUGAAUUAAAUAAAAGAUCAACAUCAUCAUCACCUGUAUUUAUUGAUCGUUUAAAUGAAAAAAUUCAUUCAUCAACAAUUACGGACGAGAUACAUUUACCAAAUAUUGAAGUAUUACUUCAGUUAGCCGUGAAACUUCGUACUAUUAUACUUUAUCUGCUUGAAAAUUCAACUUUUGAUGAUCUUGAAGGGGCAAUGAAACGUUUAAAUACAUUGAAAUAUCUUGUUAAUCAAUAUCAUCUUUUCUUUACUUCAAAAAUUAAUAUCCUCGUUGCUAAGCAUGAUUAUCGUCCUUCAAAUAUCAAUACAAAUAUCGAAGAAUGGUUAAAUAAAUCAAAAAUUAGUCUUUCAAAUCAUAAUAUUGUUCAAUAUAGUGAUGAUAGUCAAUUAAUUGCAUUUACAGAAGUACGAUUUAAACAAUUUGAAAAUGAAUGUCGAUGGAUUGAAUUAAAUUGGCAUGAACAAAUGAUAACACAAUUUAAACAAUCAUUACCAAAACAAAAUCAAUAUCAACAUCCUCUUCAAAUUUAUCGAGAAUUAAUGUGUCUUGUUACUGGUUUACAAACUUGUACACCAAUUGUUGUUGAGAAUAAAUUUGAAUGA